ACCACAAAUAUAGACCAAACGAGAAACAGAACACAAACCAGCACCAAGCCCCAAAUUUCUUUGCCUUUAAAGCUCCACAAUUUGCACAAACAAAUGUUGUUGUUGCAGUGUAACCACCACCACAUUAUCUCCUCCAAAAUCCUCUUCCCCGUCUCUCACCAUCAUCAUCUCCACCGCAGUCCCUCAAUCUCUCUUAUCUCUUUCCACAAACCCACCAAGUUUUUCUCUGUUUCUGCAAGUAUUCCACCAAGAUCAGAUACAUGGCUCGCCGAGCUCCAAGACUCCACCAACACCACGGGUGCGCCGGAAGAAGAGGGUCCAAUAGAGCUACCAUUGUCUUCUCCCAACUUAUUCGCCAUCACGGACGACCCUUCUCCGUUGCAGGUCGCCACCAGUGUGCUCCUCACUGGCGCUAUCACUGUCUUGCUCUUUCGCUCUGUUCGACGCCGCGCUAAGCGUGCCAGAGAAUUGAAAUUUCGGUCUUCUGGGGCGAAGAAAUCAUUGAAAGAGGAGGCAUUGGAGAGCUUGAAAGUCAUGGGGUCAAGCUCCGUUGAUAUUAAAUCCCCUCCCUCUCCUGUUCAGACAUUGUUGGGUGCAAUCUCAGCUGGUGUGAUUGCAGUUAUUCUUUAUAAGUUCACAACCACUAUUGAGGCAGGUCUUAAUCGCCAAACUAUUUCAGAUAAUUACUCGGUUCGUCAAAUAACAAUAACCAUACGGACUAUCAUAAACGGGUUGUGCUACCUCGCGACAUUCAUCUUUGGUCUCAAUUCUGUUGGUUUAUUUCUUUACUCCGGCCAGCUUGUCAUCAACUCUAUCAUGGGAGAUUUGUCCAGUGAAGAAGAAACUGAAAGCAAAGCCGAAGAGCAAUCAGGUUCCCUAAAUUCAACUGCUGAAAAUCGUACUGAUGAUGCCGAAGUGAGCAGCAGCAGCAGUCAAGCCGAUCAAAGUUCAGAUAAUACACAAUCAUGAAGUAGGUUUGUAUUCUUGUAACUCACCUGUAUUUCUAGUAGUUUUGGAUUCUCAAGUCUCAACUACGAUUAUAAUCUUUUCCAUAAAGCUGUUGAAGUCCUUACUACACCAGUUCUUUAUACAUUUUUGUAUGGAGCUUGAUUGCUCAAAAACAAAAAAA